AUGAAGAGCAUGCUCCUUCUCCUCAUUUUGCUGGGAGUAGUAUCUGGAAGAAGAAGCCAGUUGCUUAAGGGCUUACCUGCAACAACCACUGUUGAAGAAAAUGCAGCAGCUGGUGUUUCAGUUUAUACCUUUAAUGUAACUGUUUCUCCAUUGUCUUCUGAAGGUGUUGCAAUACCUACCAUAGUAAAUUCAAAUCCACAUACAAAGGCUUUUGAUAUUGAACCAAAAGGAGAUCUUGAAUACAGGGUUGUUACCACUGGAAACCCUGUCCUAGAUUAUGAAACUAUGCCAAAGAGCUUUGAUUUACAGAUUUUUGUUGAAGACACAACUGGGAGAACUGAUCUUAACAUACUAACAGUCCAAGUAACAGAUAAAAAUGAACGUCCUGUAUUUCAAGGAAAUAUGGCAAUUCAAACUGUAGCGAUCUAUGUCUUGGAAGGAACACCUCCGGAAUGCAUUUACCAAGUCGAUGCAGCUGAUCCUGAAAAUGCUGAACUCAAUUAUUCACUGCUCCCUGCAUCAGUGCCAUUCUUGGUCUUGGAAAGCGGAGCCAUUUUUUCUACAAAAGAGUUGGAUUAUGAGAAAGAUCCACAUUGUUACUUUUUAAAUAUAACAGUGACAGAUCCAGACGGACUCAGCUCAUCUAAAACAGUGACUAUAAAUAUAAUUAACAUCAAUGAUGAAAGACCUUACUUUACCACAAAACAAAGAAUCUACAGGAUUCCAGAGGAGCAAAGCCCAGGCACCGUUGUUGCCAAUAUAACAGCUAAAGAUCCCGAUGAUGAAGACUCUUCCAGCAGACUUUUCUACAGCAUCCAGUCUUCUGACCAAUAUUUCUCCAUAAAUCCAUUGACUGGAGUGCUGCACGUGACUGGGAGAAUUGACCGAGAUGCCCUUCCACUGCGGCUCCAUCCUAACAUUUCAGUGAUAGUUCGGGUGGAGGACAGUCCCAGUGGUGGUCAUGCCAGAGAAAUGGAGAUCACAAUCAUUAUUGACGAUAUCAAUGACAACCCACCAGGAUGCAAUCCUUCUACCUUCAGGAAAGAGGCAAAUGAAAAUAUGACUGCUGGGACAUUUCUUCUUGGUCUUAGAAAUUACUGUAAGGAUAUUGAUGUUGAUCCAUCAAACAAUCGAUUUAAUUUCACUGGAUUAUCUGGUUUUGGAAGCAAUAACUUCGCUCUGGAGCCCACUGUGUCUGGAAGACUUGUGAUGACUGAAAGUAUUGAUUUAGAAAACCCAGCUAAUCUAGGAGUUGAAGUUUAUUCUUUGACUGUCAGGGUGCAAGAUAUUGCCUGUCCUAACUACUCAAAUAUCAUCUACAUUUACAUCAGGAUAAAGCCAGUGAAUGAAUUUUUUCCAGUCUUCAGUAAUUUAUCAUAUGAAUUUAAUGUUCCAGAAAUUACUAAAGUUGGAUCCAGCAUUGGAAGAGUGAAUGCCAGAGACAAGGACUGGCCAUCCAGUGUCAUCACUUAUUCCAUUGUAGCUGGAGGAGGCAGCAGGGAUUACAUAAAUAUCUUCUGGAUCAGCCCAACCAAAGGAGAUGUGAAGAUUUUAGCUAGAUUAGACUAUGAAACAACUCAGAAACACAUUCUCACAGUACGGGCCUCAGACCAAGAGAAGACUGCAACAGCAUCUGUAACUGUCAACGUUUUGGAAGUAAAUGAUGAAGAACCAGUUUGUUCACCCAAUUUCUAUUCAUUUCAAAUCCCAGUCAGCUUAGCUGUUGGGACCAAUAUUAAUGGCUUCAGGAUUGAAUGUCAAGAUCGUGAUUCUGAUCCCAGGUCUUUCCGUUACUUCAUUAAUGAAGGCAAUGUGAACAAUCAUUUCACCUUUUCACCAAGUGCUGGCUCCAACACAUCUCGGCUGAUUCUUGCAUCGAGGUUUGACUAUGAGAGUGGACUUGAUACAAACUGGAUUUACAGACUGCGCGUCUAUAUAACAGAUGACAAUUUACUAUCUGCCAGGGACAAAGCUACAUACCUUAUUAAAACUGGAACAGUGACUUUAAGCAUCAGAGUUAUCCCAAACCCAACUACUGUCAUUGCCACAACGCCUGGCUUCACUGUCGUGACGAAAAGGGAAAACCUCUACUCUGAAUCGGCGUGGUACGUGCCGUUUGUCAUCACCCUUGGCAGUUUGCUGCUCCUCGGACUGCUGGGGUACCUGGGGUUCCUGCUGGCGACGUGGGUCCACACCCGCUGCCCUCCGGCAGGCAAAGCAGACAGCGUGCCUCUGAUAAAUGCUCCAGAAAAGAAGAAACCUAAGAAAGAAGUGGUUGUGACAAUGACAAAGUUAAACACUGUCUUUGAUGGAGAAGCCAGAGACCCAGUUACUGGCAAAAUGUAUGAAUUCAAUACACGGUCAGGGGCCCGGAGGUGGAAGAAGAGCAAUGAGCCCCUUCAACUGGAGCCGGCCGUGCAGGUAACAUCCAGUGCCACAGACGAUAGUGGCCAAGGGACAGACAGAGUAGAGGCACCAAGCCAAAAAAAGCCUUCAGAGAAGAGGAAAGAGCCGACUGCAGAGACAAAAGCAGCUGCUGAGCCCUUGGCAGGGCAAUCAGAAACAUCAGGCCAGGAUGGGCUGAGAUUACAAAAGCAGAAAGUGGAGUCUGAGGACAGGGGGUUAUCCUCACCAGCCCCCCAAGGCAGAUACUAACCUCCUCUUCCAAAAUGAACACUGUGUUGCCAGCCUUAAAGCAGAGUGCAUGAGACUCCAAGGCGCCUCCCAAACAAACCCUGCUCUGAACAGCCAAAGAAUCAGAUGUGAUUUUCUCUAUAUAUAUCUCAGCUGCAAAACAGAAGGUGGCCAUUGCUGCAUAAACUGGACCCAAAGGCAGGAUGAAGCCGGACUUACUUUUGGCAGGUGCAGGUAAGAGUGGGAGAGAAGGGGAGGACGUGAAAGGGGGAGAAGAGGAAACGAAAGCAGAGUCACGGACAGAAGCAUCCGCUGCCCACCACCCCUGGGCUACAGCCAUUGGCAGUUUCUGUCUGGAAGAGCUCUGCACCCCCAGACUGACACAGCCAUAUCCUCUGACUGCCUUUGGGGAGGGCUGCGUACACAUGGACAUGCUUUCUCACCAGUGAAUGGGUUGUCCUGUCUCUGCUGAGCAGCAGAAUGGGUGAAAAGCACAUCAGGCUUGAAAAGUUUGCUGGUAAAAGCUAAAAAUAUUUUCUUCUCAUUCAGUAUUUUAUUUCAGCCCUUCCUCGCCCUCCCAUCUUGCUGUAGAAAAGACCAUAGCUUGAAAGCAGUUUUGGAGUGGAGAAAACCCGCAGCUUGUUAUGGUAUCUCAGGCUGUCAUGUCAACGCUUUCAGCUUAUUUAUCUUUUGUAACACUAGCAGCAUUCAAGAUCUUCACCUUUGGUAUUUCCUCUGGCAUAUUUAAUGUUUUACAGAAUCAAGUGGCACACACUCAAAAGAAUAAUGACAGUAAACACAUGGGGUGAAAUAAUCUUUUCUGAGUGUGGGCAUGUGUAAUGUAAGUGCUGUCUAAGAACCUGAUAUAAAACAAGCAAACCCUACAAGAUUUCAGAAAAUUAUUUUAAUCUGAAGAAAAUGAAUUAUAAAUGAUUACUUAAUACUCCAUGUCUUGGCUUCUUUUCUUUCCUGAUUGCAAAAAGUUUUUCUGGCAGCAAGGGACUGCUAUCAGGUGGCAAAAGAAAAUACUUGGUUUAAGUUGAGCUGGGACAGUCAGUGAAGAUUUUAUCCAAUCUGUCACAUACAUUGUUUUUUGUCGUACAACGGAGGACCUGGAUGGAGAGGCCCAGGGUAAUUUCACUGAGGAUCCUACACUUUACAAAACCACCCGUCACGGUGCUGCGACUCUUUGCUGUGCUCCAAAGGAGUGGUUUGGCUCAGGAACAACUUCCCUUACAAACACCAAACGUCUUCAGUCAAAUGCCAUUUCCUUGUGCAAUCAGAAACCCAGCGUGCCAUGAACGCCACAAUGAUAGA